GGAGCCGCUGGCACAUAUCGAUAACCUAAGUCAAAGAUGGAGGAGACGACACCAAGUACCUGCCACAAAAGCGAUUUCAAGUAGCAACAACAAACUAACAUUGAAAAAUAGAUGUUUAUGAGAUUCAUCAGCAGAAGAGCAUAAGACACAACCUGAUGGUACAUUGAGUCCUCAAGAAAUCAAACAGUCUCGAAUUGGAAGUCUACCAACAAAAACAAUAUGUUACUUUUGUCGAUACAUUAUAAUCCAAAAUACAAUCUAGAUGUGUAAUUCUACUCCUAUUGCAUGAAAAGAUGGGUUCAGAUUUUAGAAUAAAAGAGAUUGCUUCGACACUGAGAGCAACCAUUUCCCAAAACUCAAAUCCAUAACUUGCAAUAUUCUCAAUCACCCACUAAAACUAAUGAAAGUAUGAAACUCAUUUUAGUUUCUUUCCACAAUAAUGAUAUAGUACAUUGAAUUACUUUAUCGUAUGUGAAAUAGUUGUAAAACUAAAAGUCCAAUGAUGAUUUUUUAGUAUUUUUUGAAAUUAUUUUGGAAAAUUUUCAUUCAAAUUUUUUGAACAACAAUUUUUCUUUUAAGAGUUUAGCAAGACCUUCUUAAGCUUGCAUAUAUAUCUUACUGAAUUUGUAAUUUUUUCCGGAAUUCAGGAAUAUGUUCAUUCUAUAACUUGUAUAUAUAUUUAGGAAAUUCUUCUUAAAUGUAUAUAAUAUCUUAUUGAAUUUGAUUUAUAUACAGUCAUAUCUAAGAAAAUAUCAUUCAACAUGUGACAUGUUUCGAAAAUUUACGAAGAUACUUUUAAUAUGUAUAAUAUCUUUAUAGAUAUUAAAUUCAGGAAGGUCUUCCAAAAUUUUUACGAAGACAUUAUACUAAUUCAUGGAUGUAUUCCUAAACUCAAAUCCAGAAAGAUAUCAUACACAAUUCUGAAAGUUUUUCUAAUCUUUUUUGUAAAGAAAAAAACUUUUUCAAAAAAUUAAUCAUCUUUAAAAAUAUCUAUUUCACAAUAUUUAUUUUAUAUAUUUACAGAAAGAUGCAUAAUUGUCAUUUAUUUUGAUUAUUUUUAUAGUUGAAUGUUAGUUUAUGAACAAAAAAUUGUUUUAAGAUUAUCUGAGGUCAUUUUUGUUUCAAAUAUUGUAAAUUUAUAUAGGGCAAUUGUCAAUAAUAGCACCUUUUGAAGUUUUCCUCCCCAAACUAGCACUCAGGAUCAGAAAUCACAAAAAUAGGUUUCAUUAAAGAUGUAAUUUACCUUGGUACCCUUUGUUAUAAGAAUAAAAAAAAAACAUUUCAUUUCAUUCGAUCGCGAAUCGUGUCGUCUCCUCUCGGGAAUCUUCAAACUCUCACCGGCACUGCCGUCUCCGACUCGGGAAUCGUCGUCUCCGGCUCGGGAAUCAUCUUCUCCGACUCGGGAAUCGUCGUCUCCGGCUCGGGAAUCAUCUUCUCCGACUCGGGAAUCGAAGUCUCCGGCUCGGGAAUCAUUUUCUCCGGCUCGCUAAUCAUCUUCUCCGGCUCGCUAAUCGUCUUCUCCGGCUCGCUAAUCAUCUUCUCCGGCUCGAUAAUCAUCAGCGUCACACUCUCUACUCUCAAAAUCGGUAACUUUUUAAAAUUAGGGUUUUUGAAUUAAAAUUUGGGAAACUUGCGUUUUGAUUUUGAUUUGUUUGUUAUUCGUUCUUAUUAACAAGCGAAGCAAAUGAAGACUUUUGUGUUGUUUUGUAUUUGUAUUGUUUCAGGAAACCCUUCCUGAAAAUUGGUUUUUUUUUUUUCUUGUCUACGCAGGAUAGAAACAAGAUGGGAGAUUCAGUACCUCUAAAACUAGCACUGCCAGAGCUGAAGUAUCCUAUUGGUUCACAGCCAAGGGAAAAGUCAGCAAUCAACCAAUACUCCGGCUCAGAGUAUAUCUCUAUUGUCAAAAGCAUCCUAAAACCAGAUGAGAUGAUGAGAGUCCGGGGAUCAUUUCUGGGACCUAUAAUAAAGCUCAGUGAGAGAGGAUUGAAGUUAUCAGGAAAGAUAGUCUACGCCAUUCUCACUAGAAGCAUCGUUUCUGUCAAGGAGAAUGAAGCCUGGUUCCAUUUCGCUGCGCAGCCAAUGAGGUUCUCUAUAAGAGAAUUUCAUAUGAUGACAGGCUUGAAAUGUAGUGGUGCAUUAGAAGGACCACGAAGGGAACCCGAGAGGUUUAAUUGGGAAUUGCUAAAGGGGCGUAGUCAUAAGUUAAGUGACGUGGUGGACCAGCUCAGAAACACAAGAGAAGAUGCUUCUGAGGAGAGAGUAUGCCUCGCAAUGCUCAUCCUGGUAGAGAGCAUAUUAUUGCGGAAGAGCAAAGGAGGGAGUUUUCCUUUGGAAUAUGCGAAAAAUGCACAGGAUAUGACAUAUCCAUGGGGAAAAGAGGCUUACAUUGUGCUCCUGAAGUCAAUUCAAAACGCUGUGGCGAAUCAUUUGGAGAAUAAAUCCAAAUUUGAGUUGCAAGGUUAUCCUCUAGUAUUCCUUCUUUGGAUACUAGAGUCGAUUCCUUUGCUAAGGAAUAAGUUCAGUAAGUGUGUACCAACAGUUGAGGUUCCUGGGCCGACUUACUUGUGUGAAAAAUACACUGAGAUAGAGAAUCCAUCACUUGAUAGGGUUUUACAGGUUGAAGCUGAUACAAAGCUGAAGGUCCAUUGCAUACUACCUUCUAUUCCUCAUGAUCCAGAAGAUGAUAUCUCCAUUGAAGACAAAUAUAGUGACGAGUUGGAAACAGUGAAAGAUGUAACAAAGAAAGGGUACAAGAUUACAGCCGAUGACUGGGAAAAUAGGUGUGUAGACACAUUUGACACAUUGGAUGCUCUUAUUCAAAUGAUGGCAAAUAAGGAGACUGGCCAAGCCUCUACUCCGAUUGAUGAGGAUUCAGUAAAUGAAAAAGUGAACAGGAUCAUCACGGUAAUGGAGGAGAAUCUGAAGAGCAUGAAGGAUCGAAUGUCAUUACUGGAAGAAGAAAACAUACAUCUUAGAGCUCGUGUGUCAGAGUUGGAAGGAAACAGCAAUGUUUCUCCCACUAACGUGACACAAAAGCGAUCCAGUGGGACAUCUUUAUCUCCAAUGUCUCACACGCAACCAUCCAGUGGGACACCUUUAUCUCCAAUGUCUCACACGCAACCAUCGAGUGAGACACCUUUAUCUCCAAUGUCUCAACAGCCUAAUUUGACACAUGAGGAGACAAUGAUUGAAUCAGCUGCAUCUCCAAAGUCUCAACAAAAUGAGGAUUACACGCAAUCAUCGAGUGAGACGCCUUUAUCUCCAAUGUCUCAACAGCCUAAUUUGACAAAUGAGGACACAAUGAAUGAAUCAGAUGAUGAAACUCCUGCCCUUGAUACACAAGUAUUCUCUCCUAAUCUGACAAAAGAGAGGGAAACACAAACCUCUACUGAUGAAACGCCACCCAAAACUAAUCAAGGAGAAGGAAAACCAGAUGAUGAGAUUGUGAUUGAGUCACCUGCUGCUCAGACUCAAGUUUUGCAAAAAGAAACACUGGAAAUGAAUGAGACACCUUCUUCUCCAAUAUCUCCAAAGAGUAUUGAGGCUCAAGUUUUUACUCCAAUUCAGAAACAGCAGACGGUAACAGAGGAAACGUAUGAGGCUACACAGCCAUUGACUGAGAUCAUUUCAGCAAACAAUAAAAAGGAGGAUACACAUGCUGUGCAUUACAGACCUUCCUCUCCAUUGUCUUCACUAAUUGCACUAGUUAUUGAAGAAAAUAAGAAUGCUUUGAGUGAGACAGAAACUGCGACCCAAUAUUUUUCUACAAGUGAAGGAGAGCAUUCACAAUCAAGCAGGAAGAAUCAAGAAGAAGAAUAUCUCAAGGAUACUACAGAAGCUACUACUGAGCUAGUUUCCACAGAUGUUUCGAAGACACAGCCUCUUACUCCGCAAACACAGCACCUUCAGACAAGUGAGGGAGAUCAAUCCGAUGAGACACCAUCAGAGCAGAAUCAAGCAGAAGAAAAUCUCAAGGAUACUACAGAACCUACUACUGAGCUAGUUUCCACAGAUGUUUCGAAGAUGCCGCCUAUUACUCUGCAAACAGAGCAUCUUCAGACAAGUGCUAUAGAUUUUUCAGAAACAAACGAGGUUGAAGUAAGCAGGCUUCUAGCUCACUUUCAAAUAGGCGCAGAGGUUGAGAUUUUGUCUACUGAUGACGAAAUAUGGUAUCCAGGAAAGGUUGUUGAUCUUAAACUGUGUGAAGGACUAGAGGAGCUGACAGUUGAGUACACGACACUCUUCACAGACCAACAUAGACUUCAGAAACUUCAGGAUACUAUCACGGCUGACAAAAUACGUCCUGCAACACCAACUAGUGACCAAAAAUCCUUUGAGAUGAUGGAUAAGGUAGAAGCCUUCUACAACAAUGGCUGGAGCAGCGGACAAAUUAGCAUGGUACUUGGUGAUAACACAUACUCGGUGUGUCUCUAUACUUCUAUGGAAACUAUUCUAUUCAAACAUUCAGAUUUGCGAAUUCAUAGAGAAUGGAAAGAUGGAGUCUGGAAGAUGGCAGAUAAGGUGAAGCCUGAUAAGAAAAGGAAAGCUGCUGCCUCAUCACAAAAUUCAGGAUUGGAUAAUGUUUUCCUAAGAAGGAGCGAGAGGGUGCCUAAACGAUCUAGAGACACAAAAACUCCAUUCAAGUCUGACAGAAAUCCGGCUUUAACUGUAAUACCUGAGAUUAUACCUGCAGUUGAUCCGUUUUCAACUCCUGCGGAAAAUAAGCUUUCAAGGCUUCAAAAUUGGAUGACAUUAAAGCCCGGCAUGCAUGAAACGUCCCUAUCAAUCAAUGAUAAUAAGAUAAGGAAAUCUUUCUUUCAAAGCAUGGAAAAUGCAAAAAAGGACCUUAAGAAAGAGCACAUUGAUGGAGCCUUUGCAAUGCUAAAUUGCAGAAGAAAUGAGAAUGCUGCUUGGUUCCACAACUACAAGAUUCCAAAGGCGUGCUUCCUACCUAUGGAGUUCUUGCAUUGCUUGCUCUCUGAUGAUUUGGCUUACAAGAAAGAAAAGGUCAAAGGUAAAAAGAUUUUCAACGAUUUAUUUAAAGAUACUGUGAGAGGGAAGGUAUAUCCAGAGAAGACAUGGGGAGAAGAUGUUGAUGUUGUGUAUGGGAUUACUCUUGGAAAAAAAAGCAAUGUCUGGAUUGGGAUGGAAAUUCAUUUGAAGAAGAAAAGAAUCACAGUAUAUGAUUGUUUUCAAAAGGAAAGCAACAGCAUUGAUAUUCCUCAAGUGAAAAAGUUGGCAGUGUUGAUUUCUAAUCUGCUGGUGGAAUCUUCUGGUGAUGAGGUAGAUAAGGUGAAGAUGAUUCCAUUUGAGAUUGAGCAGGCACAAGGUUUACCCAAGACAAAACAUCCUUUCAACUGUGGGAUAUUUCUUGUCAAGAUUCUGGAGUGCCAGUCAUUGAAGAUAGGAGACAUGACAAAGAUUAAUGAUGACAAUGCAUUGGAGCUAAGGAGAACCUUGUCUUGUGAGAUCUUCAACCAAUUUGUGGAUGAGAGCUUUGGGAAAUGAGAAUGAUGCAUGAAAACAUUUUUUGUUUUAGUUAAGACUCGGUUUUAGUUAUGACUGUUUAUUUUGUUAUGUUGUUGGCGUCUGGUUACAUAAGAAAGAUUGGAAAGGAUA